AUGUCAGCAGAUCAAAAGAAUUCAUCCACCUUUGCUCAGUGCUCAGUUGAACCAAGUUCUGGAGGAUGGAAGAUUCCCGAGACGGUCUUACCAGAAGAUCGCUGCUCUGGAGUGAUCCCAGGCUGGAUAAACGGUUCCCAUCCCAACGUGGGAGAGGGGGAGGUGACCCGCACCGCAUGUUUCCCCUGGAGUGAUUGCUCUUGUUACUGGAGUCGGGAGAUCGGGGUGAAAAACUGCUCCAGUUUCUUUGUGUAUCAUCUGAAACCGACACCCUGCUCCAGUGCUGUGUACUGUACAGACUACGCACUCAGUGAUCCGUGUGUGACCCACACCGUCCUGGAUCAGCCCUGGAGGAGCACGAAUUGUUUCAACACUGAGUGUACCCAUGGACAAUGGAUGGGUGAUGGAAAUCUUGAUGUGGGAUGGUACAGGUUUGACAGUUCUGGAGGAUGGAAGAUUCCCGAGACAGUCUUACCAGAGGAUCGCUGCUCUGGAGUGAUCCCAGGCUGGAUAAACGGUUCCCAUCCCAACGUGGGAGAGGGGGAGGUGACCCGCACCGCAUGUUUCCCCUGGAGUGAUUACACUUGUUACUGGAGUCGGGAGAUCGGGGUGAAAAACUGCUCCAGCUUCUUUGUGUAUCAUCUGAAACCGACACCCUGCUCCAGUGCUGUGUACUGUACAGCUUAUGUCUGCCUCCAACGUCCCUCCUUGAAUACCAGAGAGGAAUGCAACCAGCUAGAGUACUCCCCAUGGUACAUCUGA